AGGCCCAGUCGGGGAAUGGCGAAAGCGGAGCGCCGAGGUCCUGGUCAAAUUUCCAGGGACCGGCGCGACACGGAGCGCACGGAGCGACGGGCGCCAACGGGACGUCGGCAGCGCGAACACUCGCGCCGGCAUCGUGAGGAAGGUCGAAGGGAAGCGAUGCACAGGCGAGCACCUGAGCGAGAGACGCGGGAGACGCGGGAUCGCAGGAGAGGUGCCGAGCGAGAACGGGAACAACGGGAGCCACGGGAGCAUCGCUCUCGGUCCCGUCAAAGGAGACAUCAGAGGGAACGCAGUCGCGAGAGACGGCGGGCUGAGGCCCGCGAUCGCGGUGACCGCGGCGAGCGCCGCAAGGACCGCAAGGACCGCGAGGGCCGCAACGCCGAGCGCCGCAACGCCGAGGCCUCGCCGCGGCGCCAGGAGCGGCAGACCUCGGAGAGGCCUCGGAGGAGGGAUGAACGUGCUGCCGCGGGGGAACGCACAGAGAAACUCUUGGAGAAGAUCCAAGGAUCCCGGGAGAAGCGAGAAUCCAAGGCGACCAAGCAAGAGCCGAACGAUGUCAACAAGGCACCACCCUUUGUGGCCACCAGGGCCAAAGCGGCUCCCAGGCGCCCAGCCACCACCACAGCGCCUCCACCAAGGCCGAAGGGAACAGCUGGAGCUGGAACGGCUGCACGCGUGCCGGCAGUUGCAGCACCCAAGGUGGCCGCUAAAGCUAAAGCCGUUGCAGAUGGCAACGAGUCUGAGUAUACCUACACCGAAGCGUCUGAGUACACUUAUGAGGACGUGGAGGGUGAGGAGGAAGAAGAGGCGGUGGAAGUUGAGGACGAUGAAGACGACGAAUGAGGCAACCUCUAAGCCUUGGAUUUCAUUGCGCUGAUGCCGCAUCGCGACAUCUACAGCAUGCGCAAGAGACAGAACAAUUUCAAUCAGAACAUCCCAACACUGAACACAUUGAAAACACAACCAGACGAAAACACAUCAUGCCAUCCAAAUCAAUAUU